AGAUGUAAGCAUUAUAUUUAAAUUCUCACAAGCCGGAUAUUACGUAGAACUGAAAACGGGGAAUACAAUUGGCCGGCAUUCGCGGUUUUUCCUCAUUCGAUGGGAAGCAUGGCGGAAGAUAUUUUGUCUACGAUAAAAGACGACGAGUUAAGAAAUGCUUCUUUAGAGGCCAAAAAAUCUGGAUGCAUUCUGCCUAUUCUUAAAGUAGAACUUAAAAGCAAAAUUCAAAUGAAACGUUUGUUACAAGGACAAGAUGAAAUAGAUCUUAACGUGUCAUCACCACAAAAGAAAGCAUGUGUUGAGUUAACUAAGGAAGAUCUCGAGCGAAAGAAUAAAAGACAGGAACAAAACAGAAAAGCGGCCAAGAAAUUCAGAUUAAAAGAAAAGGAAGAAAAAGCUAAUCUCGAUCAGACUCUGAAAGAACUUAGAAAAAGAAACGAAGAAUUGAGAAGUAAUGUUCGUCAGAUGGAAGAAGAUAAGGCAAAGAUUAUACAGCUUAUAAUCGAUAAAAGUAACUCUACAUGACUUGUUUGUUGUGCUCAGAAUAAAGUGUUCAUCAUAUUCGUCAUGUGACUGGGAUUUUCCCUGUGAGUUUUUUAUUUUGUAUCACAGCAUAUUAUAAACUUAUCAAAAGACAAGCCAAAAUUGUGUUCUCAGUAUUUUCACUCGAAUCCGACCAAUGUACAGCAGAUUUAAUAUGUCUUUUGGAAACAUUCCUUAUUCAUCUUCCGAAUACGCUCCAUAUGACUUCGUGUAAUAUGUAGAUAAAGGGAUACUUUUC